AACCUUUUUAUUGAUUUAUGACUAAUUCUUCUUCUCCUCCUCCUUCUUUAUUAACUCUCCUUUCUUAGAGGGUAUUCCUCAGAUUCCAGCCAUACCCUUUUCGCAUUUCUUUCCUGUUUUCAUCUCUCACUCUUACUUUCUCUUUUUUGGUGGGGCUUUUAAGUGCAAAUUGUUUUAUCAGAAUUCAAGUAGUGCUGUUUGUUUUAGAUUUUUAUAUAAAUUUGUAAGUGUUUAAUUAUAUAUUAUCAUUGUGGAGAAGAUGAAGUUUGGAGAGACAUUCAUGGAGUAUUUGCAUGGAGAUCAAGAAUGGCUUUUAGAUAAAUGCUCUCAUGUCGAGUAUAAAAGACUUAAAAAAGUCUUAAAAAGUUGCAGGAUUUGUCAAGGCUUACAUAAUAAUGAUAAUAAUUCUUGGAUAACUGAACAACAGGUUCAAGAAAAUAAAAUACAGAAUUCUUCUACAUUAUCUCAGUGGUGCCAGUGUCAAUCUUGCCCAUUGUGUGAUCAGAUGUUCUUUACUGAACUGAUGAAAGAAGCUUCAGAUAUAGCUGGAUGUUUUAGUUCAAGAGUUAGACAUCUUCUUCAUCUCCAUGUUGCGAAAGGAAUGCAGAGAUAUGCACUCAGGCUACGGCAUUGCUUCAGAAACGAUCAGCAAGCUAUGGUAGAAGAAGGGAGAAUGCUGAUUAAAUAUGUUACCAUGAAUUCAAUUGCUAUCCUCAAGAUCCUAAAGAAAUACGAUAAAGUGCAUAGAUCUGUCAAUGGCAAGAACUUCAAGUCCAAGUUACGGGCUGAGCACAUAGAGCUUUUGCAAUCACCUUGGCUAAUUGAGUUGGGAGCAUUUUAUUUGAAUUUUAAUGGCUUAGAUGGUGGAGAAUUCUGUGGUUAUUUCUCGUGUGAUCUUAAUGCUACAGAACCUGUCAUCACACUCACGCUUCCAAAUUCUAUUAAGCUAGAUUAUUCUCUAACUUGUGCCAUUUGCUUGGAGACAGUUUUUAAUCCAUAUGCUUUAAGCUGUGGGCAUCUGUUUUGCAAGUCUUGUGCCUGUUCAGCUGCUUCCGUACUGAUAUUUCAAGGCCUUAAAACUGCAAAUCCAGAUAAAAAGUGUCCUGUGUGCAGAGAGGCUGGAGUAUAUGCUAAUUCGGUGCAUAUGUUGGAACUGGACCUGCUAUUGAAAACAAGGUGCAAAGACCAUUGGAAGGAGAGGAUGUUCGCUGAACGUGCUGAGAUCGUAAAACAAACGAAGGACUAUUGGGAUCUACAGACGAAAUAUGCAAUUGGGUAUUGACUGAUCAUGAAGCUAAUGCAGAGACCAAGUAGUGGUUUUCUCUAUCUCUUUAUAUAUACAUAAUCUCGGUAGAUUCCAGAUUAUUUGGAAGUUGAAUUAGGAUUCAAGCCGCAGAGAGAUAAAAGGAAAAGACAAUGCAGAUUUAGUGAUGGAAGGAGAGCAAAAUUAUUCUAAUUUUUGCAAGGAUGACUUGGUGAUCAUUAUCAGCAAGACAGCUUUCUGAUUCUUGCUUGCUCCCUUUAAUACCAAUAUGCAUUUGGAUUGCAAUUCAUGUAGCUCUUUGGUUCAAUACUAAACCUUUUUCUUUCUCUCUAUGAUACAAGGUCAUAUAAUGGUGGCAGAUUGUAUUUUCAUGCCAGAUUUGUUGUUCAGAGUAUGAUCACUUCUUAUUUAGAGUUCUGGUUGAUGAUGUUCAUAGCAUGAGGAGAAUGCAGAAAAUGGAUAAUAUUAAGUUGAUCUGCCUGCAAGCGUAAAGCACUAGUGAUGUUUCAAUCAUUUUUAAUCUGUGAUUUGUUUCUGGUUCUUCAAUUUUCAAUAUAAUUUUUUAGUUAGCCUAAUAAUGUAUAGUAAUUCUUAAUUUUUUAUUUUUAAUGAUAUUUUCAAUUCUUAAA